CUUCUGCAGAUAUAUUGACCUACCUGUACCAACUCAACCUUCUGACGGAGGACAAGAGAACGAAAAUCAACUCACGUCAAGUCAGCGACCGCGACUCAGCGAAAAAGCCAUCCACACGCCUCACGACCGCCAUAAUCCAAGACCAAUAUUUACCUGAUUUACCCUCCACGCACAGACCAGCCAUGUCCUCCAUCAACAACCAGGCGGCCACCACUUCCCCGGAAGACGCCGAGUACCUCCUCGCCGGGACAGGCACCGAGUUCAUGGCCGCGCUCAAGGGGCAGGUCUUCUUCGCGCCGCUCGACACGGCCCGGGAGGAAAUGAAGAUUCUCGACAUGGCUUGCGCUGAUGGCGUGUACCUGACCUUCUUUAUUCCCCCGUUCUCUUUGCGGACGCUGCUGCGCGAAAUGUCGACACGCCUGCCGUCUUCGACAUCGUUCGUGGGCGUCGACCUCAUGAAGUCCUUCCUGCCCGCCAAGGACGCCACCCCAGAUAACUACCGGUAUCUCGCGCAAGACGUGCUCACGCCGCUGCCCGGCGACCUGCAGGGCGUGUUUGACCUCGCCAACGUGCGCCUCAUGUUUGCCGGGGUCGUCGGCAAGGAGGCCGCCGCGGUGCAGAACCUCGUCGACGGGCUCAAGUCGGGCGGGUGGCUGCAGAUCAUGGAGAUGAGGUUGUACACUCCCUAUGGAGGAGACGACGACAAGACAGCUUACGACGACGCCGAUGAUGGCGAUGGCGAGACUCAGAGUCUGAAGGACUUCAAGACGCUGCUGAGCAGCGUGUUUGCCGCCAUCGGGUUGCAGAAGGGCUUCCCGAUGGGGUUGGAGGGGGUGAUGAAGGACGCCGGGCUGCAGGACGUGCGGGUCGUCGUGGUGGACGCGCCGAUCGGCAAGGACGUGUCGGAGGACAGGAAGCUGCAGCUCCUUUCCGUGGGCCCCUUCCAGUUGACAAUCAAGACUUUGGUCGCGACCUGCGAGAAACUUGGCCUACAGAUCCCAGCCUCGGUGACGGACAACCUUGAGGACCGGUUGGUCCGGGACGCUCUCGAACACGGUGGCAAGUUCCAAUUUGCGGUGCUCACUGGUCGCAAAGCAUAGGAAACCUUUUUCUUUUUCCAUGUAGAGCUGUGUGAUUGGAUAUAAGACGUGAUGUGGACUCGGAUUUUCGUGGAUCAGAGUUGAAGACAGCAUACCUGAACAGCCGUAUCUCACGAAAAAAUCAGCAUCGCCGUCGAUGACAACAAUGAAUCAUGGAGACAUUGCGUGGAGCACCUGUGUAUUCUGCGAAGAAUAAUUCCAGAGAAUCACCUGUUCAUUUCUGCAUGUUCUUUUGACGAAAAAGACUCUUUUUUGAUGGACCCAAGGAUUUCCG